GUACAAUUGAAUUAUUGGCGCUUAAACCCAUUUUUGCGUUGUAGUAAAUGGUUGGGCGGUAUUAUUUUGUUAUUUGUGGGCCUCAUGAUGAGGCAUUAUUUGAUUUAGAUUAUAAUUCACCAGGCAAAUCAACAGGAGAAAAGGCAGAUGAAUGUCUUCAUCUAAAUCAGUUUAUUGCACAUGCUGCAUUGGAUAUGGUUGAUGAUCACCUGUGGUCGAAAGCAGACACAUAUUUAAAAGUCGUAGACAAAUUCAAUGAAUGGCUGGUUUCUGCCUUCAUAACCCCUGGAAGACUUCGAUUCAUUUUACUUCAUGAUGAGUCGAAUGAGAAUCGUAUAAAGUACUUUUUUCAAGACACAUAUGAAGCCUACAUCAAGUUGGCACUAAAUCCAUUUUUUAAACGUGAAAAGCCAAUAACCUCAUCCAGCUUCUCAAAGCGAGUCCAACGGAUUGCAAAUAAACAUUUUGGUUGAUAUGAUUGAUAAUUUUUCAGUUCAUUCUAAGUACAUUUUCGUGAGUUCUUAUAUGUCUGUAGUUCUAAAAUUUCUCGGUUAACUACUUAUUUCGUACUGUGUCGAAGUUUUUAGAUAAUGUAUGAUGUGUGCAGUACAAAUUGCCUUAAUUAUGCGCUAAAUCACUUUUGUGUUGAUUCAUCUAUUUAGUUUUCAUGAAGAGCUUGUAAGUCUAAUCGUCAACCUUUGGCUUGAUAAUUUUGAAUAUAUUGAGUAUUAGGUAGAUUGUAAUAACAGAAAUAUUGAUAUAUUUGCGAAAUAUCAGUGAAUAGAAGAUUGGAUUUCUGAUGUAUCUUGACUUAGUGUAUGCCACUUCACAGAAUGAAUAAAUAAAUAAACGAGUUAAA